AUGCCGGAGCAGAGCAACGACUACCGGGUGGUGGUGUUCGGCGCCGGCGGCGUGGGCAAGAGCUCGCUGGUGCUGCGCUUCGUGAAGGGGACGUUCCGGGACACCUACAUCCCCACCAUCGAGGACACCUACCGCCAGGUGAUCAGCUGCGACAAGAGCGUCUGCACCCUGCAGAUCACCGACACCACGGGCAGCCACCAGUUCCCGGCCAUGCAGCGCCUGUCCAUCUCCAAGGGCCAUGCCUUCAUCCUGGUCUUCUCCGUCACUAGCAAGCAGUCCCUGGAGGAGCUGAAGCCCAUCUACCAGCAGAUCGUGCAGAUCAAGGGCAGCGUGGAGAGCAUCCCCAUCAUGCUGGUGGGCAACAAGUGCGACGAGACCCAGCGGGAGGUGGAGAGCAGAGAGGGGGAGGCCGUGGCCAAGGAGUGGAAGUGCGCCUUCAUGGAGACCUCGGCCAAGAUGAACUACAACGUCAAGGAGCUCUUCCAGGAGCUGCUGAACCUGGAGAAGAGGAGGAACGUCAGCCUCACCAUCGACGGCAAGCGCUCCAGCAAGCAGAAGAGGACAGACAAAAUCAAGGGGAAGUGCAGCAUCAUGUAG